GUGGACGUACAACGUCAUUCUUGAGUUGGGGGUCAGGCAAUUGAAACUGAUACUUCUCGCAGUAGCCCUUCAUGGGAAUUGCGAGCGGCAGUUAUUAUCUUCUGGAACGGGGGCCAUGAGCAGGUAUUAUGAGCCAGAAAGGAGUCAACCGAGAAAUUUCCGGUGUGGAGAAGCGCUUAAUCCCGGAAAAUCACCUCACGGAGUCCAUUCGUUGUUUUUUUGUUUUUAUUUAUUUUUGUUUUUCUUCGGUGGUGUUGCCCUGCUCUCACGGGCGAGUGUUUCCCGGCCGGGAAGUUCCUAGUUUUUUUCAAGUUUACUUGUCCCUGAUCGUACGGAGGUUCGAGGGCGCCACGCCACGGAGCCUGUGGGGUUUGGAUUUAUAUUUUAUAGCCUUUGCAUUCAUUCUGGCUACACCACAUCUCGUAGUCACAUACUCCAUGGAAGUAAUAACAAGUCUAGCUUUAUAGCCCACGUUAGUCGGGAAUUAUAGAAUGGAAAAUCCCCUGCGCGAGGGGAAACAGGAUAUACAAAUAACAGAAAAUAGCUGGAGAAAGGGGGAACCGGAAGGGGAUCUAACAUCAUGUCGGCGAACAUUGUUUGAA